GGCACACAGGCACUUCGGGGAUCUUCAUUCUUUAGGUGCAGUGAGUUUAAUCCGUGGAAGAGGACACUUUCCAGAUGCUGUGACAGGCCACUCUUCCGCUUCUCGUGUUUUUUUUUUCUUUCUUUCUUUUUUUUAAACCAACCAAUUUCUUGAGCUUUGGGUCUACCCUACAGAGCCAAGCCAUAUCACUGUUCGUCCGCGGCAAUGCCAACCGCGGGCAAUUGGGCAGCUCAACACCACUGUCACCGACAACGAUAAACACUUUAGUUCCGAUUUUUUUGUGGCCGACUUGCCGCUUGUUCGAAGAAGGCGCUACGAAGCUACAGAAGUCUCCCCCUCGGUAUUCUAAUUUGGAGUUCGAACCUCCAUCUCUACACCAGCAACAUCGGCAGUAAAGAAUUUGGACGAGCAUAGCCGAUGGGAAGAGCAAGCUACGCCACGUAACGAUCGACCGACCGACCUACCUACCCUACAUAAUACUGACACGAUGCGGUCCCGCCAGCUCUUGAUCCUGGUGGGAACCGUCUUUAUCUUCUUCUGCAUCUACUCGCUCUUCACCUCCUCCUCGACCCUCAGCCAAGGGCAACAGAGGUUGAAAGACUCUUACCAGAAUGGCGCCCACCACCUCCCGCACCACAACAUCGACUUCAAGUCCAAACCGGCCGCGAUCCGACCUCCCAAACCAGCUCCGAAAGGUUCCCACCCAAUAUGGCAUCUGACCAUCGACGCCGAGCGCGAUCUCGAAGCUACCAAGACCCGUCAGUCUCGUACCCUCAAGGAAGCCGUCAAGGAGUACCGCAGGCGGUACGGACUCCCCCCACCCCCCAACUUUGACAAGUGGUGGGCUUUCGCCAAGGAACAUGAUGUCCAGCUCGUGGACGAAUUCGACAUGAUCCACGAACUCAUCACCCCCUUCUGGGGACUCUCGCCAAGAACCAUCCGCAUGCGCGCUAAGGAAGCCCUGGGAUUCGACGGAAACGCCCUUAUUGGCCUCCAGAUCCGUGACGGCGAGAUCGUCUACGUCCGUGGCGGACAGGAGUGGCAGGUCGAGGCGACCAAGGGUAUGAUGAAAAAGUUUAAGCAGUGGCUACCGGAUAUGGACCUGGCUUUCAACAUCCACGACGAGCCGCGCGUUGUCGUUCCCGCUGAGGACAUGGCGCGGCUGGUUGGGCGGGCGAAGAACGUCAACAUGCCCGCGGCGAACAAGGGGUCUGCCUACCGAAACGACUUCACCCGCGAUCCCGACGGCGGACUCAGUCCUACCGGCAGCUUCUCCGAGGAAAAGUUCACCCGGUUCAACGUGUUUGCCCACCAGCCCACAUGGACGCACUCGCGCAUGAGCUGCCCGGCCGACAGUCCUGCUCGCCUUAUCGACGAAGAAGGCGCCGACAAGCCUCAACGACUGGACGACGUCAGCCAGUUCGGCCUGGGCGAGCUCGGCUUCGUGUACAACUGGACUGCCAUGUCGGACGUCUGUCUCUCGCCCUCGCUCUCCACCACCUUCGGCUUCUUCGACCGCCCCAACGCCUACAACGUCGUGCACGAUCUCUUCCCCAUCUUUUCGCAGAGCAAGAUUUCCUCAUACGCCGACAUUCUGUACCCUUCCCCCUGGUACUGGUACGAAAAGGUCCCCUACGAAGAAGGCAAGGACCCGCUCUGGGACGACAAGGCCAACCAGCUGUACUGGCGCGGUUCCACAACCGGCGGCUUCUCGCGCAACGGGGGAUGGCGCCGCCAGCAUCGUCAGCGCUUCGUGCAGAAGAUCAACGAGCGCGACACCGCCAAGGUGCUGGUGAACAAGGGCAAGAACGAACAGAACCCGGAUUGGGUAGUCAACGAGGUGUCGCGGUCCGACUACCGCGAUAUUAUAAACGUGUUUUUCUCGCACAUCGGCCAGUGCGACCCGGGCGACUGCGACGCGCAGCGUGAAUUCUUCGAGGUCAAGUCGUACGCCGAGCAGGUGGAUGCGUUCAAGUACAAGCAUGUGCUGGACAUUGACGGAAAUGCGUUUUCCGGUCGGUUUUAUGCGUUCCUCAAGAGCAGGAGUCUGGUGUACAAGUGGGCCAUUUUUAGGGAGUGGCAUUAUGAGUGGCUGAAGCCGUGGGCGCACUUCAUCCCGCUGAGCACGCAGGGAGAGGACUGGUUGGAGACGGUCCGGUUCUUCAGCGAGGAGAGCGCGACAGUUAGUCAGGGGACGAAGGAGGCCGAGCGCGUGGCGAUUCAGGGGAGGGAGUGGGCGAAUAAGGUGUUGAGACAUGAGGAUAUGGAGGCGUGGUUCUUUAGGUUACUUCUGGAAUACGGCCGUGUUAUUGACGACAACAGAGAGAAUAUCGGCUUCCUUCCAUGAAGAAACUUUUCAUAAAAGGGAAGUCCGCAAAUGCAAACUGCAAGAAGCUAAAGAAAGAAGAGGAGGAGGACUCAAAACACCACAAGGAAUAAUGGAGACCACCCACGGCUUCGACCAUCGCAGCAUCUCGCUUUCUUAUUUCUAACACGUGAACAUGAAUUCGUGGAUAUGGCGAAGGACCAAAACCUUCCAAGCUAAACAAAAUCCGAGCGGCCACAUAUAUGAACCUGUGAACGCCGAGCAGCUUGGCACACUUAACUUUUUUAACUGCGUGUACCUACUUCCUUACAUCACGACUGGUGUACUUGUUUGGGGGGGGGACCUUGGAUUAAUGUAAUUACUAGAGAUGAAAUAUAUAUACAUGUGUACAUGGGCACAUAUGACGGGCACAAGUAAGAGGAGCCGUGGCUCCGGGCUGUUAUUGAUGGC